UCAAGAUAAAACUAAAUACUAUUUUUAUAGAAAGACCAACACCAGGGAAAUUGUGGCUUCAUAUCUUUCGAUGUAAAUGAGUUUAGAAGCAAACUGAAGAAUGGCAGCAGGAGGUGGAAGCAAGGAACUUAAAGCUGCUAUCAAGAAAGCUAAAGAAGCCAUCAAAGUAAAGGAUUAUCAUCAGGCUUUAGAACAUUCGAAACAUGCUUUGAGCGUGGAUCCUAAGCAUUACAAUGCCUUGAUAUUUCUUGGUAAGUCUACCACUGAGCUUGGACAGGGAGAUGAAGCAGAGAAAGCAUAUAGGAAAGCAACAGACCUAGAUCCCAAGCAGAUUCUAGCAUGGCAGGGACUGGCUGCCCUCUAUGAGAAGAUCGAUACCCCCCAGAACUCAGAAAGCCUUGUGGAUGUGUAUCAGGAGCUAAUGAAAUUAUCAGAUGAUAAGACAAAAGAAACUCAGAUUGCUGAAAAGCUAGCAGACAUCUAUCAAAAACGUAGCAAACCUUUGCAGGCAUGUGAAGUCCUCCAUUCCUUGAUCCUGAAAGCUGAAGACAUUGAAUACAAGAUUGAGAAGUGGAGCAAGAUAAUACAACUCCUAUCAAAACAGUCAUCACUUGACGAGAGCAAUACCAACCUGCUAAAGGAAGCAUAUACUGUGGUCAUGGAGUCAGGCAACAUUGAAAAUGAAUCACUGAGAGAACUCUACAAGGGAUACAUUGACUUACAAUUUAAGGACAGGGAAGUUGAUGUAGGUGUGCUAAAGGCAACAUGUUCUAAGAUGUAUGAAAAGUUUCCAUCGGAGAUUUAUCCCCUGGAGAAAAUGACGGAAAUGAUUCUGAUUGAAACAUUUGCAUUGAAGACAUCUGAUGACUGGUCAGUCUAUGGUCAGUUACUUGAUCUGGAUAAGGACAAUGUAUGGGCAGUUAUUGGUCAAGGUCAACUUAAACUGACCAGUCGAGAUUACAAGGCAGCUAAGGAGUAUCUCACAAAAGCAUCACAGAAGCUACCUGGCUUUCCACUCAGUUGGUUAUUCUUGGCUCAGUGCCAACUCAGUCUCCAUGAUUACCAAGCAGCCAAACAUUCAGCUGAACAGGGUAGAAGAGUCCUGAAGACCUUCAACCAUCCAGCACUCAGUGAGGCAGUAAGAUUGCAUGAAGCAUUUAGAAUUCUCCAGGGAAAAGCUUGCAUCGACUCAGGCCUUAUGACAGAGGGCCUAAGGGCUGUGGAAAUAUUUAAAAAGCUGCUACCUGAGGCUAUCGAUAAGGACUCCAUAUACAAGCUGUUAACCUUGGCACAUCUUCUUGUAGGGGACUUUGCAAGUGCACAGCAGAGCUUUGAGAUGAUAUCUUCUGAUCAAGAUGAAAGUGAUACUAUAGCUUUAGGUGGCUGGUUAAAGUUUUAUCAAGGGGAAUUUUCUGAUGCCCAGGAGAAAUUACUAGUGGCUCUAGCCCAGGAAGAGAAGGCAGUCUACCAUUACUGGCUUGGUAGAGUGUACUGGGCUAUGGGUGGUCAAGCACAACUAGAUAAAUCUAAAUGCAAUUCAUCCCUACUCAAGGCUGCCAAACUUGACCCCAACUACUCAGAUUCCUUCCUUUACAUUGGACAUUACUACAUGCAGAUAGGCAAAGAUACAGAGAGAGCGAAACGUUGUUACAAAAAAGCCUAUGAUUUGAAUUCCGCUAAUGAAGCUGCAGCUAAAUCCCUGGGUGAUGUGUGUGACGUACUUGAUGAAAAGGAUGAAGCUAUUUCUGUCUACACAAAAGUGACCAGUCGGGCUGCUCUGGGUGAGGCAAAAUGGGCGUGGCUAAGAUUAGGUCUCGUUCAGCUUAAAGCAGGCAACGCAACAGAAGCUGUAGAAAGCUUUCAAGCAGUUCUGAGAGCUGAUCCUGACGAUAUACACUGUCAGGAAUGCCUUGCAGAAGCUUAUUUGAGCCGAGGCAGCCACACGGCAGCAUUGAAAACUUUCUCUCGCAUUGUAGAGGUGGAACCAAAUUCAACAUAUGCUUUAUUCAAGAUUGGUCACAUCAAGCAGACUGUUGGUCUUUACUCUGAGGCAGUGUCGGACUAUCAGGCGGUCCUCAGCACAACACCUGACUAUGUCCCAGCGCUGAGUGGCCAAGGUGAGACAUACAUCUUAAUGGCCAAGGCUGCUCUUCAUGAGUUCUUCAAUGCCAGAGGUGUUUCUUACAUCCAGGAGGCGAUCACUGUCUUGACAAGAGCUGUACUACUUCGUUCUGAUAUCUGUGGCUUGUGGAAACUGUUGGGAGAUGCCUGCACUGUGUUAGCUCCACUACACGACAAUCUCAUCAGGAUUUCAGUGAACGGGGCUUUUACCUGUGGAGAUGAGAAGAAAAUUGAAACAUUAGACAAAGGAGAACUGCUGGCUCUAGGUGGGAGGUGUUAUGGUCGGGCUGUGGAGCGUCAGAAGGAGUGUGCUAGCUUGUGGCAUGAUUUAGGCAUCAACUUCUAUCAUCAGUACCAGUACACUCAGGAUGUGAAAAUGGCAAAUAAAGCAUUGCAGUUUAUCCGCAAAGCCAUCAAGCUAGAUGAAUCUAAUCACAUACACUGGACUGCGUUGGGUGUUGUUGCAGCAUCAAAAGAUGUUGAUGACCCAAAACUUGCACAACAUGCCUUCAUCAAAUCAAUUCAAUUAGAAUCAAAGAAUGUUGUAGCAUGGACCAACCUAGGAACCCUAUACCUUUCCCAUGGGAACCUAAAGCUUGCUAAUGAAGCCUUCGCUGUUGCCCAGUCUUUGGAACCAAACUAUGUGCAAUGCUGGAUUGGACAGAGUAUACUGGCUGAGACGGUAGGGAGCCAAGAAGCCAUGGACCUCUACAGACAUACCACAGAGUUAACUACACAUAUUGAAAGCGGCCUUGGCUAUGCUGAUUUGGUGUGCAGUGCACUCCUAGACCCGUCACUCAACAAGGAUUCUGAGGUGUACAGAUACAAUGUGAUUCAGAUGGCUGCCAUUCCUGCUGCUGAAGCAGCAAUAGGCAAAGUUGCAGAUCGUCUCCAAAUUAGUGGAGAAGCUCACACUUUACAUGGAAUAUUACAAGAAAGACAAGGUCUACAUCGAGCUGCAGAAGUGUCCUAUAAACAAGCACGAGAGGUGGUAAAGACUCAGGGAGAUGCGAAGCAGAUCAACAUCGCCUUGUCUAAUCAUGGUAGAGCUUUGAACUCCAUUGGUAAAGCAGAGGAAGCCAGAGAUACCUUACGUUCUAUCAGUCCUCUGGUUGAUAUUCAAGACAUCCUUCAGCUUGCUCUGGCCCUCUAUCGGAACAAGGAAUGGCAGGAAGCCUACAUGGCUUACGAGCAAGCAUUGCAGUUAGUUUCUUCUGAUGUUGAGAGAUCUCAGAUCCUGACAGCUCUCGCCAUGGUGUCCUGCCAAUCUGGAGAUCUUGCCACUGCUAAAACCUUGCUCUUUCAAAGUUCCCAGCUGUCAUCACCAUGUCUUGAAGGGUUAGUAGCACUGAGUGCCUUAGGACUACAGACCCAGGAUAUGGUCCUCACCAAUGCAGCCCUGGCUGAGCUUGCCAAGCAGCCUAACCAACAGGACUUGGUCCACCAAACAACGGUCCUGGCCUCUGCAGCUCACUACUUGCAGGGUGAUUUACCAGCAAUGUCUAAGCACCUCAUGACAGCAGUUAAAGACUAUCCCAAUGACAAUCAUUUAUGGAAUCUGGCAGCAGAACUGAUGCUACUGCUUGAUGCUACAAAUGUGGAGUUUACAUUGACCUGUUCAGAAAAGGCAAGACUUCUAGUACCUACCCACAAGAAUGUUCUUCAAGUCAAUGCUGCUGCAAAACUUUGCUCUGGUUGCCAUGGUAGUCCUUCCAGAGGUCGUCUUUCUCCCAGCUUGAUUGCAGCACAGAAGGCUGUCCAUGCCAUGCCAGGUGAUAUGAAUAACUGGGCCCUUCUUGGAGCUGCUUGUUCUGCUCAGGCAACAUACCAACAUGUCCACCAAGAUGAAUGGAAUCUACUAGAUGUAAAUCUUCAAGUGGCCAAAUUCCUCUUGCAAACAAGUCAAGCAGAUUCUAAGCUAGCUGCGUGGGUGUCUCUUCACAAUGUAUUCUGCUUGUUACAGAGGCAACAAUGGAAGGAAGCAAAGGAUCUCUCACAGAGGUUCCUUGAAUGGUGUAACUAUGGUAAGGAGACCAGUGAUGACCUUAUGUUACUACAUAACCUGAGUGACUGGAUGGCGACAGGAAAGAAGUCUAAUCUCAAAUCACUCAGAGAAGCAAUCACGGCUUCUCAGUCACCACUGGCAUGGCAGACAUUAGGUAAGAUCUACACUGAAUCCAUGAUGAUGACUGCAGCAGAAGCCUGCUAUAAGCAUUGUCUAUCCCUCACCAGUGGUAGAAAGCAGAUCACUAUAUUACAUCAGUUAGCAUACCUUGCUAUCUUAGGUCUGAAGACAGGAAAUGAUAGUGGUUCAUGGGGUGAGCUUGGUCAUCAAAUGAUUGAUGAACUCAACAGACAGGCUCCUAAGGAAGCUAUGAGUCACUUACUGAAGGGAUUACUUUAUAAACAUCGAGGUAAUCAAGACAGGCAAUCAAGAAGGGAAUUUCAGCAUGGCAUGGAGAGCGAAGGGGAGCCUGGGGGAGAAGACUACACCCGCUCUGUAAUAAGAGUUCAAUUAGUAGAGGCUUUGAUGAAGAAGGAUAAGGAAGCUGCACAGGCACUUGUGAAUGAAGCCUUGGAGAAACAGGAUCCCUUCAGUACAAGACUACAGACAAUGGUUUCAGCACUAUAAUUGUAGUUAUGGCAACCAUAACAUGAUACUUUGAUAGCUGAACUUACAAUUCAAGAAAAAAAAUUAUUUUAAGACUUCAUUUUUAGGGUGGUGGGAUGCUGAGCUAUGGCAGCGAAAGCCUUUUUUAGACCAAAUUUUGAACAUAUAUAUCAGUCUGGUAAAUUGGACAAUCAUUAUUUACGGUGAAAGGAGGAAAGCAAAUUUAAUCUCUGAUUAUGUAACUUUAAGUCCUCCAAAUUCAAGAUGUCAUUGCUAAGACUUGGUGUCAGUGUAAUUGUCCAAAAGAUUUGUUUUAAUUGAACAGUGAAACAGCAACUUUCUUAAUCUAUUUGGUCCAAUUGUCAAGAUAAAUGGGCCUAUUGGAGAAGCAUUGUUAGAGCAGGAAACUCAGUAUAUAUGGUGUAAAUAAGAGGCAGAAAUAUACUACCUUAAUUUAUCAGAAACAUGGUAAUACUUUCUGAAUUAUCGGAAUAUGAAAUCAAAAUGGAAGUCCUUAUGUUUUCCUGAUAUUUGAACAAAGUUUGACUGAAUUCAAAUGAUUUAAUUCAUACUGGAGAUCAUGUUUGAACACCCUGAUGUAUCUUGCCAUAUCUCAAUGGUUUAGUUGUGAAGUUAUGCCUCAAUAUAUGAGCUAUGUUAUGGAAACCUCUCCAUGUUGGUGGCCUAUAACUACACACUCAUUGUCCGAUGAUAGAUGACAAAAUAAAUAUGGCCAGAUGAGUUAAAAAUGGGAUAUGAUGUUCAAGGACUUCUAUGAGAAUAAAAACUUGUACCUACAGUUGGGGCAAGAAAUUUACAUACACCCAGGAAAUUCAAAGAAAAGUUGACACUUGCCAAACAUCAUAAAAUUUACUGUAUCUUAUAAAAUAUUUGUGAUAUCGUGACGAAUGUGACAUCAAACAAACGAGUACGUCAUGCCCUUUCAUUGCAUUGCUUUGUCAUCAGGAGCUGAAUGAUAUUUAGUUGUCAUUUUUUCCCAAAAAAUCUUCAUAUUUUAGAAAAAUUAUUUUUAAAAAUUGACAAAAACAUUUCAUAUUUGUGCUAGUUACUUCUCAACACAAACAUUUCAUAUUACACUUUUUUGUUCAGUGGUGAAAUAUCAUGACAGAAAAUGUAAUAUAAAUCAUAGAUUUGACAUUUAUAUAUUUCUAUGAAACGAUUUUUGAAAAUUGAAUGAACAAUAGAAUACAUUUGGCACGAACAUUUUCUUCAAAGAUAAUUCCACCUGAACUAUACUUUAAGCCUCACGGCAUCCCAAUCAUGGGAAAGAGCUUAAUACACUCUUUCAUUUGAUACCCAAUUCGUCAUGGUAGUAUUUAUAUUUCUGAAGAUAUAGUAAAUUUCACAAUGUUUGGCAAGCGAAAAAAUUUCACUGAAUUCUAUGGAUGUAUGUAAACUUUUGGCCUCGACUGUAUAUUCGCAAAGAAAGCUAUAUUUCAUUAAUAAAUAUGAAAAUAUAAACCUUGGUGUACAUUUAUUUCGUAAGUCAUUUUUCUUUGAAUCAUUUUAUCUUGUGUAUGUGGGAGAAGAGAAAUUAAACACUGAUUAUAAACCUUGCUGCAAAUCAGUGGAUAAUUGGAAGAGAUAAAAAGAUAGAAGUGUAAACCAUCAUUUGGACUUUCAUUGUUUCCAUAUGAGAGAAAUGUGAAUGUUAUAACAUUAAUGUCAAGCCCAAUGAAUUUGAGUGAAUCAUAAAAGUUUAAACAAGCUUCAUGCUGAAGAUCCAUUCCUUACAAAGGAUUACUAAUAAUUACACCAUAAAGGCAAACAAGAGAUGGAAACAAGCACAGUGUACUUUUUACAUUAAUGAUAAAAUAUUAUUUUAAUUUAAUAAAUUUCACAUGGUUUGGGGGAUAUGUGUUAAUCUUCUAUUAA